AUUUGUAAUUUAUGUGACACAUCAAUGUACUAUAACAAAGGAGAGUGUGUACCAAAAAUGACUGGAUGUGCCGAGCAGCUUGUCGGUGGGUGUUUGAAAUGUUCCACAAACUACAAUUUAAUUGAGAGCAAAUGUUUAUCGCAAUCGUCUGACUGUAUUUUGCAGAAUAUCAAAACAUGUCAAAUAUGUAACAACGAUGUCAUUUCGAUCAAAGGGAGUUGUACGAAAGACACAUUCUGUAAAUAUGGAAUGACGACUAAUACACAAACGUGCAUUCUUUGUUAUGGAAAUUCUGUUACAGACAACACCGGAAUAUGCUCGUCAGUGAACGACAAAUGUGUUUAUGGAAGUGGAAGUAUUUGUUACCAAUAUAUCAACGGAACUUAUUUAAGUCAAAGCAACGAAGAAAUGUCAUGUGAAAAUUCCGAUAUUUGUUUAUAUUUAGCAGUUGAAAACAAAAUUGUUGAUCUGAAGUGUAAACGUGAUAUGUAUCAAAGUGGUGAUAAACAUAUGUGUAAUACUGAUAAUUUGUGUAUACAAGGUGUUACGAACGAUUGUAUGCAAUGUGAUGAAGGGCAUCACAUCAUAAAUGGGAAAUGUGUUACAAACACAAAUUGUACCAUUCAAAAUUCCGAUGUGUGUAUUUCAUGUGACACAAUCACAAUUUCUGGGCGAUGUGCCACCAUUAAAAAUUGUAAUAUUUACAACCAUAAUGUGUGUUCAAUGUGUCAGUCUGGGUAUUAUAAAACAGACACUGAAUGUGUUGAUAUAUCAAUAAGUAAGUACACUGGGUGUACAACUAUGUUUAUGCAAAGUGGAUGUGUUGAAUGUUCUUCGGAAUAUUAUCUCGAGUCUGGAUUGUGUCAUACACAACCCAAUUCCACUCAAAAGAGUGAACUGGAAACCGACAAUUGUUUGGAACGUAACCAAAAGGGGUGUUUCCGUUGUUCCGAUGGCUUUUAUCUUGACAAUUUGAAAUGUAUUCCAUGUGAAAACAAUUGUGUUUAUUGCGCAAACAAGACCUUCUGCACAAAAUGUGACGAUUAUUCAUAUUUAAAAAAUGGUGCUUGUACUCAAAUGAAUUCACUCAUCACAGUGUGCACCCAAAUGAUGUCCACAUAUGAUGGGUGUGUGACAUGUCGUGACGGGUAUUUCAAAAGUAUAGAUGGAAGAAAUUGUGAUGCAUGUAAUGAAUCUUGUUCAACAUGUUUAAGUGGUACAAGUUGUCUUGAAUGCAAUCCUUCUUAUUACAGAAUAGGCUAUUCUGGAUUGUGUCAGCCCUAUUCUACUCUUGACAACUGUAUUAACAAAACAUCACAUGGAUGUACUCUCUGUGAAGACGGAUAUUAUCUCUCGCAUUUGUCAAAAUGUGAAAAAUGUCACUCCAAUUGCACUUCAUGUGAGUCUGAAACAGUAUGUCUCGCUUGUACCGAAGAUAACAUACUUAAUGAAUUAAAUUUGUGUGUACAUUAUUCAAAUAUUCUUAAUUGUUUGGGGGCGAUGAAAUCCAAGUGUUCCAAAUGUAUAGAUGGCUAUGAGACUCAGGAAUUUGAUACAACUUGUCACAAAUCAAAAUCAAAUGUUGGACUUGUAAUUGGUCUUUCCGUAGCUGGAUUUAUUAUACUGUUAAUUGUGGGUAUUAUAAUUAUCGUUCUCUUUGUCAUUUUCCACUCACUAAGAAAUGAGGAGAAAAGGAAAGAGGCGCAGGUGUGUGUGUUCUUAAUGAAACGCUCAAAUGUAACAAUGAUUCCACUUCCAAAUGGUAUAGUGAGUAGUGCUAAAGAAAUCAAAUAUGAUGAGACCCUUCCUGUUCUUGAAGAGUCUAAGGGUCUCAUUUGUAUAGGUAACAAUUCUAAGAACACUUUAAAAAUUCAGUUAACAACGAUGAACACUCAACAUAAGUACCUCAUUCGAACCGAGCCAAAAAUAGUGACAGUCAAGAAAGGAUAUGCUUGCGAAUUUGAGAUCUUUGUUACACCACAGUGCACCUGUAAAUUACUCGACCAAGUGAUCUGUGUGUCCCUUGAUAUUCACAAAGGCGAGCAGUACUCGACCAACAUUCCCCUUGUUUUUGAAACCGAAUUAUCUACACACUUAGACCCCGACGAGUUGUUCGAAGAGAAGAAAAUUGGAAAUGGAUCCUUUGGAAUAGUCUUUUUAGGUACUUUCAGACGUAAAAAAGUGGCUAUAAAGAAGAUGAAACAGUCGACCAAUAAUGAGAAAAUGCUUGAUGAAUUCAAAAAGGAGGUGGAGAUGCUUGACAAGUUUAGAAGCGAUUACAUUAUCCACUUUUAUGGUGCUGUUUUUGACUCUUCGAAGAUCUGUAUGGUCACCGAAUUUGCGGAGUAUGGGAGUGUACAAGACCUUAUUACUAAAGAUCACAAAAACAACACAAACGUGUUGUAUGGGAAAGAUAAACUUCGUGUGAAAUUUAUUAGUGACUUGGCAAAUGGGAUUAAGUAUUUACACGAAAAUGGAAUCUUGCAUAGAGACAUUAAACCCGAUAACGUCUUAGUCGUUUCACUUGAAUUGAAUGUUCGAGUGAAUGCCAAGUUGACUGAUUUCGGAUCAUCCAGAAAUAUCAAUUUAUUGAUGACUAACAUGACUUUCACUAAAGGAGUUGGGACACCUAUUUACAUGGCCCCUGAAAUACUCGAAAAGGAAAAGUACAAGAAAUCAGCUGAUAUAUUCUCUUUUGGUGUGACAUUCUAUCAAACACUUGUGUGGGAUGAAAUCUACAAGAAAAGUGAUACCAGGUUCACUUAUCCGUGGGGUGUUGCUGACUAUGUCUGUUCGGGACUUCGACUGGAAAAAACCGAGUCUAUGGGUGAUGGGGAAUUCGAAAUUAUAUCGGAUUGUUGGUGUCAAGAUCCAAAUUACAGACCAUCGAUAAAUAGUGUUGUGGAGAAAUUGUAUGCACUUGAGAAAUAA